AUGACCGAGAGACCACUGCUCUGGAUUCUCAUCUUAGAGUGGCAGAAGGCCAGUGGGAUGCAGCGACGAGAUAUCUUCAAAGCGGCAGCAAGAGAGGCCAAACUCUUUGCUCCACAAAUGGACAAAGAGCUCUUGAAGCAACGAAAGUUGACGGCACGCCGGGUUAUAGAAGAGGAGCGCAAGGCCGACAUCCUACAGAAAAUCCGAGACGAAAUUGAGGACGAGACCGGGCGGAAGGCCGGGCAGAAAGAGGUACUCAAGAGGUAUCAACCAAUGAUGACAGCGGUCAUGAAAACUCUGGACAACGAUGAGUUGGAGCAGGCCCAGGCGAAGGCCGACGAGUGGACGAAUCAAGCGCCCGAUGCCACAGUCCAAGCCAAAACGGCCAAAAAGAAAGGUGAAAAGAUGGUCAAGCACUUCGCCAAGGAGAUGUUUACUCAGGCCGGGAUGAGAGUAUUUGUAUUGGGUACCUGGAAGGAUGAGAAGGGUGGCCUCCUUACAUCUGGGUUCGACUUCAACGAACAGCUCGGCAGGGGAAUCAGCUUCAUGAAAGAAAAGGACUGGCAGGUCAUCUUACCGGCAUGGGAAGAUUAUAUCGGUGAAGCAUUCGAUGUAGAUCAAGACCAGGAUGGGACGGUGAUCGGAGGCAUGCGUCGGGUCCCCAAACCACAAUAUGAGUUUGACGAGGACCGCAAGGGAUUGCCGAUAUUGCCCGACAUGGACGACCUCUCACUUGAGACCAAGAAGGGAAUGAUUAGGUCAUUCCUCACCACUUAUUAUAGGAAAUGUUGUGGAAAGCCGAAGGUUCCAGUCCCUUGGAGCGAUAUUCUAAAGGGACAGUCAAGAUUUAUCUCCAGCACAUACUUACUGGACGGUGUUCAGAUCAUGGAGCCAUCAAAAUUGAUUCGGCGAGAUGCUGACUCAUUGUUGGAACAUUGGUACGACCAACAGGAAAACCAGGUUGGACCAACAUUCCAGUUCAAAGGUUGGAUUGAUGACAAGGGGAAGAUACGCCUACCCGUCGGCGAGAGCUCUGAAUACUCAGAUGGUGAUGCCGACAACGAGAGUGUUCUCACAAGACCAACAAAGAAGUCAUCGGCCGCGGCUGUGCAUGCAUCGGCCGGCCUUGCCACACAUCGGCCGAGGUCUGCCAAGACAUCCUACGUCACUUCUGACAAUGACCGUGAUGAUGAAGGCCCUGGAACCACAAAUGCCGAUAUUUCCCCACUGCAGGGACAAGCAACAGGCAACCGCACAGACUUGGCGCAUGAAGGCCUGACAGAUUGCACCCAAGAGGGUCACUGUUGA